UUUAUGUAACAAAUCCUCUUCACUUUUUUAUCCCUCUUUCUGAUAAUUUCGAAUUCGAUUGCAAUUCUUCGGGAAAGUUAGAGCAAAGAAAUAGAGAUGGCUGAAUUCCUAUGGACUUUCGCUGUGCAGGAAGUGUUGAGGAAGAUUGUGAAAGUUGCAGCUCAGCAAAUUGGUUUGGCACGGGGCUUGGAGAAGGAGCUUUCCAACUUGACCAAGUGGCUACAAAAGGCCGAAACCAUUUUACGCGAUAUUAAUAGAAAAAAAUCACACUCUGAUUCGGUGAGGCUGUGGGUGGAAGAUCUCCAAGAUGUUGUUCAUGAAGCUGACGAUUUGCUGGACGAGCUUGUUUAUGAACAUCUUCGACGAAAAGUGGAAAUCGGAAAAAUUAACAAGGUACGUGAUUCUUUUUCAACAUCUCAUAAUGUCUUUCUGUUUCGUCUCAAGAUGGCUAAGAAAAUAAAAGACAUUACUCAAAUUUUGCAUAAACAUUACUGUGAGGCAAGUCCUUUGGGACUAGUUGGUCAAGAAUCGACAGAAGCAAAUCAGAUCGUUCUAAGCCAAAUUCGAGACACAACCUCGAAUCUAAAUUUUGAAGUUGUUGGGAGGGAAGAUGAAGUUUCAAACAUAGUGAAACUUGUUAUUGACUCUAGCAAUGAACAUCAUAUGUCCAUUCUACCCAUUGUGGGUAUGGGUGGACUCGGAAAAACAACUUUUGCGCAAAAGAUCUUCAAUCAUGACACAAUCAAAGGACAUUUUGAUAACAUUAUUUGGGUAUGCGUAUCUGAACCAUUUAUAAUCAUAAAUAUUUUGGAAGGGAUCUUUCAAAGUCUCACCAAGACUUCUAGUGGCUUGAACCAUAAAGGAGUUUUACUCGAGAAGAUCCAAAAAGAGAUGCAUGGUAAAAUGUAUUUUCUUGUGCUUGAUGAUGUUUGGAAUGAAGAAAGUGGUUUGUGGGAUGACUUAGGUGAUUGUUUAAAACAGAUUGCUGGAAAAUCUGGAAAUUGUAUUAUUGUCACCACAAGGAGUUUAGAGGUUGCAAACAUCGUAGGGACAGUUCCCAGUCAUCGUUUAAAAAAAUUAUCAGAUGAUCAAUGUUGGUUUUUGUUUAAGGAAAGUGCAAAUGCGAAUCGGCUAUCAAUGAAUCCAAAGUUAGAGAUUAUUCGAGACAUGUUAGUUAAAAAAAUUGGUGGCGUACCUCUAGUUGCAAAAGUUUUAGGAGGGGCGACAAAGUUUGAAGGAGACUAUGAGAGAUGGGUGACAAAAGUUGAAAGUGUUGUAAGAAAUAUUUCAAAUGAUGACAAAGAUUUUGUUUCAUCUAUUCUGAAAUUAAGUGUGGAUUGUCUACCGCUACUCUCAUUAAAGCAAUGUUUUGCUUACUGUUCAAAUUUUGCUAAAGAUUGUUUGUAUGACAAAGAAAACUUAAUUCGAAUUUGGAUAGCACAAGGGUUUAUUCAACCACAGGAUCAAGAGGGAGAUAAUGAAAUGACGGAGGAGGAUAUAGGAGAAUGGCACUUUAACUUCUUGUUAUCUCGCUCCUUAUUUCAAGAUGUUACAAUGGAUAAGAGUGAGAGAGGUAUUUACUUUAUAAUGCAUGAUUUGAUACAUGAUAUCGCGUGCGCUAUUUCAAAUCAUCAAAAGUUGUUGCACGAAUUAAGUUCUAGUAACCGGAGUAGAAAAAGUGCAAGAAAGUUGCGCACGUUGAUUUGCAAUAAUCAAGUCAUUUAUAAUGAGUUGGUGGAUUGUGUUUCUUUGCGUGUUUUAGUACUUCAUUGUGAGAAGACUGGUAACUUACUAGAAUCAAUAGGUAAGUUGAAACAUUUGAGAUAUCUCAGUAUUGCAAAUGGUAAUUACGUGGAUGUAUUGCCAGAAUCUAUUGUUAUGCUUUACAAUCUGCAGACACUAAAGCUUAGACAUAUGAAAAGUCUUCCAAAGAACUCGAGAAAAAUGGUUAGUCUAAGGCAUUUAGAAUUUGAACUCAAAAGCGAUUUCAGGCAAAUGCCCUCACACAUGAGCGAGUUGAUUCAUCUUCAAACACUAUCACGUUUUGUAGCAGGGUUUGAAAAUGGUUGUAAAAUCGAAGAACUUGGACCACUGAAAAAUCUCAAAGGUAAAUUACAACUUUCAUGUCUCGAACGAGUGGAAAGUAAAGAGGAAUCAAUAGUUGCAAAAUUGGUUGAAAAGAAGAAUUUACAGGAGCUGAUCUUUGAGUGGAGUUCACGUUUUGAAGGAAAGAACAGUAGAUACAGUGAGUUGGAAGUAUUGGAAGGGCUUCAACCACACAAAAAUCUUCAAUCAUUGACUGUUAUAGGUUUUGGAGGCCAAGUUUUGGGUGAUGCUAUCUUUGUUGAAAAUUUGACUGUUAUACGUCUUUCUAAUUGUAAAAAUUGUGAGAGGCUUCCAAUGCUUGGACGAUUACCAAAUUUGGUGGAACUUAACAUUAAUUCUAUGGACAGUUUGAGAUGCAUAGGAAGUGAGUUUUAUGGAAAUGGCUCCAACAACCAAGGACAUUCAUUUUCCAAGUUGAGGAAACUUACUUUCAUUUGGUGUCGCAAUUUAGAACAGUGGAAAGACGCAGCCGUGGUAUCAAAUAGCUUUGGAUCUCUUCAAACUCUCAGUAUUUAUGGAUGUGGAAAUUUGGAAAAACUGCCCAAUGGGCUAGAAGGUUGCAGUUCCCUUCGUGAUUUGACAGUAGCAUACUGUCCCAAAUUGAGCUUAAAUGUACAAAAUUGUCAGAACUUGUCAAAUUUGAGGAUAGAUGGAUUGAAGAAGUUGCCAUUGGGGUUAGGCCACCUCACUAACUUGAAAGAAAUGAAAUUUGUUGGAUGCAUGCAAGAUUACGACUUUACUCCUUUCGUAAGCCUACAGUCUCUGAUCAUAAAGCUUGAGUUGAGAGAUGAGUGCUCAGGAAAUUGCACACAACUUCCUCCACAUUUGCAACACCUCACUGCCUUGAAACAAUUAUCCAUUGGAAAUUUUGGGGGCAUUGAAGUUCCACCAGAAUGGCUGAACAACCUUACGUCUUUGGAAAUGUUGAGUUUUGAAGGUUGCGAGAAUUUGAGACGUCUGCCUUCAACAGAAGCCAUACGACGCCUCACAAAAUUGGAGCUUCUGAGUGCUAUUAAAUGUCCACUUCUAUAUGGCGGAUGCAAUCUGAUACUGGGUGUUCAACUUUUAUCUCUUUGCCGUACUCAACCCUCUCCAACGGUGGUCGCUCAACUCCCUUGGGCGGAUCAGGACGACGGAUUGACCAGAGAAGGCGAAAAGGAUGGAUCAACUACCCAUCUGUGAUCAAACAAGAGAUACAAAUUUGUGUCCAUGAAUAUUUGGCACUUUUCUGAAAAAUAAUAUAUCAAUUUUAAUCUUCAACUUGGAUAGUGUAGGUAUAAAAUUUGGAUAUCGAUUGUAAUAUUCAUUUUAAACUUUGAA